AUGUUGAUCGUAGAGGGUGGAAUAGCAAAUACUAGAAUUCAUUCAGAAAGUGGGGUUGGGGAAGAUAAGCUGUGCGAAUUUUAUACUUAUUGUAGUCCUUGUUAUAUGAUAGAUUUGGAUGUUCAGAACAUAAUGGAGGAAUCUAGAACAAGAUGGCUCCGUCCAAAUGAAAUUCACGCAAUGCUCUGUAAUUACAAGUAUUUCACCAUUAAUGUCAAGCCAGUAAACUUGCCCAAGAGUGGCAGAAUUGUAUUAUUUGACCGUAAGAUGCUUAGGAACUUCCGAAAAGAUGGUCAUAACUGGAAGAAGAAAAAAGAUGGGAAGACUGUUAAAGAAGCGCAUGAACACUUAAAAGUUAGUAAUGAAGAGAGGAUACAUGUAUACUACGCACAUGGCCAAGAUAACCCAACCUUUGUUCGCAGGUGUUAUUGGCUGCUAGAUAAGACUUUGGAACACAUAGUUCUUGUGCACUAUCGUGAAACCCAGGAGGGUUCUCCAGCCACUCCUGUGAAUUCACAUUCUAGUUCAGUCUCUGACCAGUCUGCUCCGUUGCUUUUAUCAGAAGAAUUUGAUUCUGGAGCUGCUGGUGCAUAUUGUGUUGGGGAGAAAGAUCUAGGGUCCAGUGACAGCUUAACUGUCAGAAGUCAUGCAAUGAGGCUUCACGAACUUAAUACACUUGAAUGGGAUGAGCUGGUGACAAAUGAUCCUGGCAAUUCAAUUUCACCUGGAGGAGACAAGGUUCCAUGCUUUGACCAACAGAAUCAAAUUGCAGUUAAUGGGUCUGUAAAUGAUGGGAGCACUCUUUCAGGCUAUCAUUUAUCAGCAGAAAUGUCUGCAUUGGGCAAUUUAACUGAGUCUAUUGUUAGGAGCAGUAACACUCAGUUCAAUAAUCCAGACAGUGUUUACAGCCAGUUAACAGGUGCCCAAGUAAAUUCAGAUGGUCAGAGGAAGGAUUCUAUUGUCCUGGGCGCCAGUGAUUCAUUGGACAUGUUGGUUAAUGAUGGUUUACAAAGUCAGGACAGUUUUGGAAGGUGGAUGAAUUCCAUCAUUGAUGACUCUCCCAGUUCAGUAGAUGAUGCCGUGCUUGAAUCUUCAAUUUCAUCUGGUCAUGAGUCGUUUGCUUCUCCAGGAAUCGAUCAACAUCAAUCUUCUGUUCAAGAACAAAAAUUUAUCAUAACUGAUUUCUCACCUGCAUGGGCCUUUUCCAAUGAAACAACCAAGAUUCUAGUCACUGGAUAUUUCCUUGAGCAGUAUUUGCAUCUGGCAAAGUCCAAUCUGUUCUGUGUCUGUGGAGACGCAUUUGUUCGUGCAGAAAUUGUCCAGGAUGGGGUCUAUACCUGUAUGGUGUCACCGCAUUCCCCUGGACCAGUACAUCUAUGUUUGAGUUUAGAUGGCCAUAAACCCAUCAGCCAAAUUUUAAAUUUCGAGUACCGUGCUCCGUCAGUACAUGAUCCUGUUGUUGCAUCAGAAGACAAAUCCAAGUGGGAAGAAUUCCAUCUUCAGAUGAGACUUGCUUAUUUACUCUUAUCUACUUCCAAGUCCCUUAAUGUUCUAUCUAGUAAACUGUCACCGACUAACCUGAAGGAGGCUAAGAAGUUCGCACAGAAAACUUCUAAUAUUUCUAAUAGUUGGCAAUACUUGAUUAAGUCGAUUGAGGACGGCAGAAUUUCAGUUGCACAAGCAAAAGAUGGUUUGUUUGAACUUUGUUUAAAGAACAUGAUAAAGGAAUGGCUAUUGGAAAGGUUAGUUGAAGGCUGUAAAACUGCUGAAUAUGAUGCUCAAGGCCUUGGAGUAAUCCAUUUGUGUGCUAUUAUCGGAUAUACUUGGGCUGUAUAUUUAUUUUCAUUGUCCAGCUUAUCAUUGGAUUUCCGUGAUAAACAUGGAUGGACAGCACUUCACUGGGCAGCAUAUUAUGGAAGGGAGAAUAUGGUUGCAGCUCUCUUAUCUGCAGGGGCAAAGCCAAACUUGGUUACAGAUCCUACCAAAGAAAAUCCUGGCGGGUGCACUGCCGCCGAUCUUGCAUCUACAAAGGGUUAUGAUGGUUUAGCUGCUUAUCUGUCUGAAAAGGCUUUGGUGGCACAAUUUGAGUCUAUGAUAAUAGCUGGAAAUGUCACUGGCUCACUGCAAACAACUGCAACAGACACUGUCAAUUCUAAGAGUCAAAGUGAGGAAGAGUCUUUUCUGAAGGAUACUUUGGCAGCUUACCGCACAGCUGCUGAUGCAGCAGCACGUAUACAGGUUGCUUUCAGAGAACACUCUCUAAAAGUACGCACUAAAGCAGUUGAAUUCUCCAGUCCAGAGGAUGAAGCAAUGAAUAUUAUUGCAGCAAUGAAGAUCCAACAUGCCUUUCGCAACUAUGACAGUAAGAAAAAGAUGGCAGCUGCUGCCCGCAUUCAACAUAGGUUCCGCACUUGGAAAAUGCGAAAGGAAUUCCUUUAUAUGCGUCAUCAGACUAUCAAAAUUCAAGCUGCUUUCCGAGGUUUCCAAGUGAGGAGGCAGUACCGUAAGAUCAUCUGGUCAGUUGGAGUGGUUGAGAAAGCAAUUUUAAGAUGGCGUUUAAAGAGAAAAGGGUUUCGUGGACUUCACGUUGAACCUGUUGAAGCAGCUGUAGAUAAGAGAGAUGAAAGUGAUACAGAGGAAGACUUUUACAAAAUCAGUCAGAAACAGGCAGAAGAACGUGUUGAGAGAUCUGUAAUACAGGUUCAAGCUAUGUUCCGUUCAAAGAAAGCACAGAAGGAAUACCAGAGGAUGAAAUUAACCCAUAGCCAGGCAGCGGUGGAAUAUGAAGCGCUUUUUGACCAAGAUAUGGAUUUGGGGAGAUGA